CUUUACGACUUGGGCUCGAAUUCAAAGUGAAGAUGAAGUACGUUAUUGCCUUGCUCCUUGCAGCCGUAGCAGUUUCUGCUAUAACAGACAGGGAGAGAAGAAGUUUGGCUUUGCAAAACCCUGAUCUCUUUGAAGGAGAUAUUCUCGGAAUUGAGCCUGGCGACAGGAAUGUUAUUCCAUACCAGCAGAUGAGAUGGCCCAACAAGAUAAUUCCAUAUAUUAUUGAUUCAUCUCUAGCGGUGUACACAUCUUUGAUCUUGGCGGGAAUGCAGAACUACGAAAGAAAUACUUGUCUUAAAUUUGUACCUAGGACUACAGAAAAGAACUACAUCAAGAUUUUCAAGGGACAAGGAUGUUACUCUUACGUCGGUAUGAUCAACCGUGGAGAACAACCACUGUCUCUUGGAAACGGUUGCCAAUUUGUAGGUACUGUUGUCCAUGAGCUGGGACAUGCUAUCGGUUUCUUCCAUGAACAAAACAGAUCUGAUAGAGAUGAGUACCUCACCAUCUACUGGGAAAACAUCAAAGAAGGUAUGGAAACACAAUUCGCUCUUCUGAAACCUAGCCAAAACCUGCUUCUGACACCCUUCGAUCAUGAUUCUAUUAUGUUGUACGGAAACUAUGCCUUCUCCAAGGAUCGCAGGUCGAAGACCAUGGUUGCAAAGAACGGUAAACUGCUGAAGGAGCCUUAUGACAAACAAGGCCUCUCCAAGGACGAUAUCAAGCGUGUCAAACAGAUGUAUAAAUGCUAAAACGUAUUGUUCUCAUACAUAUUUAAACGAUUAGCAGAAACAUCAAGCUCAUAAAACUGAUGUAUAAAUGUUGAACUAAUGCUUAGAUGUACUUCUCUUACAAAUAAAGCAUCAAACUAAGAAAAAAA